UGUUGCUUUUUGUACGAACAAUAGCUUCCAAGGUACUGAUGGUAUUGGCAGAGGAUUCGCUGGAAUCGUAAAUUUAUGUACAGGACUUUAAUUGGGGACUGUAAAAACGUGGCGUUGUAAUGAAUAUUGGGAACCGUUAGAGACGACUAGAUCGAUGUGAUGUGCCCUAAGACUGGGGUGCUGAAAUGUUGGAAAAUUUCACUAGAGCGGUGUCGCUUCCCUGGAGAUCAGCGAGCUCUGUGGCUCUGUGACUAUAUGUAAAGACGAUUAAUUAUGUGUUCCGACACCGAUAACACGGGGAGGACGUUGUUGUAACAGGAAAUAUCAUCACUCUUUUUCCAAGGGAAUUUUAAAACGUAUAUUUGUACCUGAAUAUUUGGCCCUCGCGAGUGCCCGCCGGCGUGACCUUUUGUGCCACACUAUACUAUGCUUAGUAAACCAUGUACAAUCCAAGAAUUGUAAAGAGGCACAUGCUUGGCCACUGUGGAAUCGUUUCUGACAUAUCUUUCGAGUCUAGCACCACGCGGCGAUGAAAAGACUCUAGCGACAAGUAGCCAUGUCUGCCAACAGAAAGCGAGGUUGGUGUAUUUGGAUUUGGAAGACAUUCAUGUGGUGGACAGUUUUCCAUGUUAUACCAAAAAGUCGGGGUACACACCAGCACCGCCAUCACUUCCCAGAGGUUUUUUCCGAGGAGGAUCGCCUCAUCAAAUACUUACUCCGUAUCAACUCAGUGCGAUCUCUCUACAGCAGACCGGUGCUGAACUAUUCUGAUUCUGUAAACGUGAAAUUUGGAUUACAACUUAUACAAAUCAUGGACCUUAACGAACGGGAUCAAGUGCUCACACUAAACGUCUGGUCGCAUUACGAAUGGAAAGAUGUCCAUCUACGAUGGAAUAUGAGUGAGUACAAAGGUGUGGAAGAGGUUCAUAUGAAAGCAACCGAGCUAUGGACACCGGAUAUCAAACUAUAUAACUAUGCUGACGACAGACUGACAGAGAAUCGUGAAGCGAUGUGCGUGGUGAGGUUUGAUGGUACAGUCACGUGGCUUCCACAGGCGGUUUACAAGAGUUCCUGUAACGUAGAUGUCGCUACAUUCCCAUUUGACAAACAACAUUGUCACCUCAAGUUUGGUUCGUGGUCCUACGACGGAUUUAAACUGGACCUCCAUUUUGUAAAUAAAAGUGAAAUGACUAUGGACGAUUACUACGUAAGUAACGUAUGGGACGUUAUAGAAACGCCGGCAAAGAGGAAUGUUAUAAAGUACGUGUGUUGUCCGGCUCCUUUCAUUGACCUGACCUUCUCUCUGACCAUAAGAAGGAGGGCUACUUUCUAUGCUUACAUUCUCAUUCUUCCUUGUGUGUUGCUGACCUCACUUACUUUGGUCCUCUUCUGGAUCCCACCGGAGUCUCCGGCUAAAAUGCAACUUGGAAUGAGUAUAUUCAUGGCAUACUUCGUCUUGUUGUUGUUGUUUGAAGCAAAUCUUCCACCGGCCGCGUCCUCGGUACCCAUUUUAGGAACGUAUUAUUGCCUGAAUAUGGUAUUAAUUACUCUUUCAUCAUUCCUCAACGUUUUUGUGGUGAACAUUUCCUUCAUCGGAGCGAGGGCAGCUGUCCCCUACAUGUUGAAAAGGGUGAUGUUUUCAUUUGUGGCGAGGGUCGUCUGUAUGGAGAAACUCGUCUUGCCUUUCAAAGACGAUGGGCAGGUGACAUGCCCGCCCUCGCGCAGGUGUAUGAUUGGCAAUGGCGAGAAUAAAUGGGCGCCCCCUAACAACUGGAGGGGCUCUUCCGAGAUGACAGCCAAUGCCCAAACCGAGACUGUACAGAACCCUCAAUUGGCCGAGAUCCAUGCCAAACUUAAUGAAAUACGAAAUUUCAUCAAAAUGUAUAAAGAAAGACUAGAAGAAAAAGACAGAAAAGAGAAAAUGGCCAAAGAAUGGAAGGCUUUAGCGCUGGUGUUUGACAGAAUAUUCUUUAUUAUCUAUAUAUCAACUAUCACGGUGUCUCUGUGUGUGGUCCUUCCCAUCAUCUUUAGUAGUUGAUAUAUAUGUUUAGGCGUCAAUCACAUAAACAACUCUGUUAGAGGGAUUUAUCAAGUGUUGAUUACCAAUGUCUACAUCAUGUACCAGAGAAUAGUGUAUAAAGUUUUGUGUCACACCAAAUUGUUUCAUUGUGUAAUCCGGAUUAUUUUGGCGUGCUGUAUUUUUAUAUGAAUCAUCUUCAAAUUGUAAAUGUUACCAUGGUUACUUAUGUUACAUAUUCACUUCCUAUGAUAAAACACACUUGGCAGAAAACAAGUGUCGUGUUGCUGUACAGUAGUUUAUCUGAUCGGACAUUAGAAACUGUUUAAUCAUGCUGUAAAAUAGAAGGUUAUCUGGACAGUAGCUGAGAUAGCGAGGCCCAAAAUGGACUGUGAUUAGUGUGAAAACAUGUUCCACCCAUGGUGUUUUGGUCUGAUGGAACUCCGGUGGAGACGAACUCCAUCGCGAUGGGUGGAUAAUUCAGUGUUGUGGGUGGUUCCAACUGUACAUAGAAAAUUUCCAGCACUGGUUGCCGUACCACAUAAUGCUGUCUAAUUUGUGUGAUAGAAUGUAUAACAUUGAACUACCAUGUUUAAGUCACCAUAGACGUAUUUGUAUUUUCACCUUAGUCACCUCUUCUUCUUAACAUACGGGCAUUCUUAACUCAUUCUGUCUGUAUUGAAGAGGAUUGGAUGGAAACCGACCCUGUAUAUACACAAACCGGAGAGUAGUGGGUGAAAUUGUUAAACGGCUGUAAAACGUGUUAUAUUUAAAUGUAUCUGCACGAUGAACAUAAAUAACUUAUGGGUGAAUGUAAUCAAAAUAUUUAAAUUGUAGAGAAAGUUAGCACUAUGAAAACAGGAAGUAUAAGUGUUACACAAAUGUAUGUUGUUGUGGAUGUGUUCCUUGUUUACAAGGCCAACAACCCUGUUUGCCAAAAUACCUGUGUAAACUAACGUUGUAUUUGUCCCACAGUCGCUCAUAAAAAUGAAGGUUUCAGGUUUACAAUAUAACUGUUGACAAGUAUUAUAAUAUAUUGUUUCUGAGUGAUAAACAAUGUAAACCGGAAGCUCUAGUUAGUUUCCGGUGAUGUCACUACUACACUGUUGGGUAGUACCCCGAUGCUGCUGUUGUUGUUUACGUUCUAGUUGAUAUUAAAUUAUUUAUUGAUAUAAUAUUAUCGUUCCUGACUUCCAUAUAUUAAAAUGGUGUACAUCUCGUCACGUGGUGAUUUCGCGAGAGCGUUUGACCUCGGUCGACCUUGAGACGAAAACGCUUUGUACGUGAUGCACCAUUUGCCUAUGCAAACAUCCUUUUGUACAUAUGUAUAUUGUACUGGGCGUUGGUCAACGAAUGGUGUUGCUGAAUUACACUGCAUCUCAUUAGGUGGGCUUUCUCCUCCCUAACGUGCACUCACGUGCACGCAUGUGCUGUCACGAUUCACGCGUCAAUUAUAUACCAUGUUUACUUUUUGUCGUCAGUUCACAGAAUUUUAUCACGGAUUUUACCUUAUGGUAAUCCGCUAGUUUGUACCUUCUCAUUAAGAUCAUAUCACCAUGUUACACACAUAGAUAUAUAUUAUAUUGCCACUAGUGUUGGCACUAGUUGUGGGUGGGGCACCUAUAUGAUAGAUGGUACGUUGUGCUUCUCGUGCUAGGGUCCAGCUAGCUUGGAACGAAUUAUAAAAUUGCUUCUUGUAUUUCUGUAGUUUGAGUACGACAUUAUUUGUUUGUUUCCCAAACGACCAGCCAAAAUAGGGAUUUAUUCUAUUUUUAUAUUCUUAGGUGAACUUUUGAAUUGAAAUAGUUUAUAUUAUAAAUGAUACUUGUGUAAUAUCAGAUACUCCCUUUUAUCAACGUAUACGCUUGUGAAAUGCCACAAGAAAAAUACCAUGUAUGUUUUAAAUGAUUGGGAAGUAUACAUAUCACAACCAGAUAACUGUAGGCGCCACGAUGCCAGUCCCAUAGGAUUCAGCAGUGUUAAGGAAUAAAACAUAAAUUGAGGUGAUAUGGUGGCGUGUACGAAGAUUUCUGCACGGCACCUUGAUACAAGGGCAUCCAUACGACACCUGAGCAUAACGUCGUCUGAACGACACUUUGUUACAAGUGUGUCGGCACGACAUCAAGGUACAAAGCAGUCUGUAUGUCACUCGGGUACAAGUCGAUAAGCACAUGUCGUACCCAAGACAUCUGGGUGCAAGGCUACUUGUACGACGCCAGGUUAUACGUCUUCACGACACCUGAUACAAGGGCGUCUGUUUGACACCUAGGUAUACGGUUGACUGAACGACACUUUGUCACAGUUCUGUAUGCACGGCAUCUGGGUUCAGGAAUAUCUGUACGUCAUCCGUGAACAAGGCUGUUUGUGUCAUAGAUAGACUAUUUGACAGAAAUUUGUUGAAGGUAAGUGUGAAUGUUUUAAAUAAACUGACCAAAUCCAUGCAAAUACCAGAGGAUUAAUAAAGCACAAUAUAAUCAUACUCUAAAUUACAAUGAAAAGGUCAUAGGCCAUUCUUCUGACGUCACACACUGUACACUUUGUAUGUGAAUGUGCUGACAUAGUAUACAGUAUGUAAAGACUAUAGGUGAAUGGUCUGACAUCAAAUAAUGUAUGUUAAUGUCAUGGAUCGAUGACAUAAUGUCACGUAUUUAAAGGUCUUUGGUCAGAGGUAUGACGUAACACAAUGCACGUAAAUGUAAUGGUCCAAUGAUGUGAUGUUGAAUACUGGAUGUAAAGGCCUUGGGUCAAUGAUGUGACGUCAUGCAUUGUAUGUAUCUAACAUACUGUAUGUAAAUGUGUAAGACAUAUAAUAUCAUGCAUUGUAUGGAGAUACCUGUAACACUGAUCUAGUAUCAUAUACUGUAUGCAAGACCAAUAUACCCUAUGUUAUAUGAUAAUCAAUUAUCUAUGUGUCAUUGACAGAAAACACCGUGCACUGUAUGUGAAUGUCAAUUUAACACCAAUCUAGCGCCAUGCAAUUUACAUGUAUGUUAAUGCCAUAGGUCAAAGAUCUAACAAUGUGUAUUGUAUGUAAGUUAUUUAACAGAAACCAUUAUGUUAAUGUCACAUAGAACAGUAUACACUCGAUGUUAAUGUGGAGUAAUUUUUUGGCAUGCUACAAAGUAGAAACGAUUAAUACACUGUGUGUUAUGAUUGAUUUCAUUGAUGUAAGCCGUAACUGUGUAUGUACAAAUGUAUCUGACAUUAUACACGGUGUGUAAAUGUAUCUGACAUUAUACACGGUGUGUAAAUGUAACUGACAUUAUACACGGUGUGUAAAUGUAACUGACAUUAUACACGGUGUGUAAAUGUAUCUGACAUUAUACACAGUGUGUUAAUGUAACUGACAUUAUACACGGUGUGUAAAUGUAACUGACAUUAUACACAGUGUGUAAAUGUAACUGACAUUAUACACGGUGUGUAAAUGUAUCUGACAUUAUACACGGUGUGUAAAUGUAACUGACAUUAUACACGUUGUGUAAAUGUAUCUGACAUUACAGACUGGUAUGUAAGUGAUCUACAAGGUUCACCGAUCUUUUUAUGUCUGAAGAUCUAGAGAAUGAAAUAAUGUAAACGGGUGUCAUUGGUUAUUGCACCAUGAGCGAAUAUUGCUGUACCCCACUUGCGGUCGGUACCUGGUCAUGAUAGGUCUACUGGCGGCUCGUCUCUUAAACAUGUGCGACGAUAUCUGAAUAAGACUUUGAAAACCUAUCUGGAAACUGGUGAAAGUGUCGAAGGGCUGGUCCCGGAACAUGCGUCUGCCCCAAGUUCACGGAAAGGGCGUGGUUCUUUUAUCUGCUCUCCUUUUCCAGCUCUUCUAGGAAUAAGGCAUUAUGUAGAUCGUAGUUCUUGUAUCUUAUCCUCUGUUGAUGGAAAGGGAGGGUGCCACGGUUCGUAGCUACUUUCUGACGAGGAAAUGGGUGUGGUUCUUUUAUCUAUCUUUCUGACGAGGAAAUGGACGUGCUUCUUCAAUUUACUUUCUUGACCAGGAAAUGGGCGUGGUUCUUUUAUAUAUCUUUCUCCUGAGAAAAUUAGCGUGGUGCUUUAUCUAUCUUUCCGACGAGAAAUUGGGCGUGGUGCUUUAAUUUAUUUUCUGACGAAGAAAUGGGCGUUAUUCUUUUAUCUGUCUUUCUGACGAGAAAAUAGGCGUGUUUCUUUUAUCCUCUUUUCUGACGAGGAAAUGGGCGUGGUUCUUGUAUCUAUUGUCCUGACCAGAAUAUGUAAUCCCGUUUGUUUUAUCACUAUAUAUUGAAAAUGAGAGGCGGUGUAUCUGUUCUAAUUAAAUGACAUAUCCAGUUAAUUACGACGUCAGUCUUCUUUUCGUAGAUUAUUGACUUUGAUGAGAAGAGCCAUUAUCAAAAAAACGUAUACCAUCUGAAGAUUUUGAUCCACAUUCAACUGCCAUUUUUGAAUUUCACUUCAAUUUUUCCACAUCAUUUUAAGUUCAAAUAAUAUUCCUUGAUUUUGUAUUAAUCACACAUAACAGACGUUUAACUGUUCUUUUGCAACGGUCUAAUUCAUCUUACCAUAAACUCUAUUUUUAGAUGUGACCUUGACCUAUGGAUUAUUCCAUUUAUCACCUCUACAAUGAACUAGGUAUAACCUUUGAUGCUCUACAUUUGGGGCCUUAUGUAUAGUUUAGUUUCGUUAUCGUCCAGAGAGGACAUUAAACAAUCACAUUUCCAUCCAUAUCGUCCAUAAUCAUUAUUUGUUUGGUUCGUUAUUUCAGUAUUGUUGAUGCAGCCGAACUUCAUUGUCUCGAACUCUGAUAACUCGAAGAUCCUGCAAAACUCGAAGUUGAAAUUAAGUACCGACAGUUAACGUUAUACAUAAAAUAUAUUCAAUUACCUCGAAUGCUCGCGGUUUUUCGUGACCCGAGUUGCUUCGAGAUAACGAGAUUCGGGUGUAUUUCGAUAGUCUGGUCUCUUUCUUGUCUUUACACAUAAUUAAACAAACGACUUAAAGUUGGAGAGAAGAGAAGGAGAAGGGCCGCCAUGUUUAUCUAGCUUGACCAGUGUCCAUCUGAAAUAUACAAAACUUCCUGAUAUACAAUGCUACAUAUCACUAGUGAGAGAGAGAUGCGAUGUGUGCCGUUUUCAUUAAGUUGAGUCAGUUAUGUCCUCAUUUCCCUUGUAAAUGCAUAUAAUUAAAAAAUUAAAACCUUUAUUCAGCGUGCGUGUUUUGGGUGUAUUUGACAUGCUGUUGGUAGUGAUAUCCACAUAGACUCCUCUUUCUUUCCAAUGCUUGUUUUAGCCGUUCUUACCUAUGUUUGCUCUCAGGUCAAAUGUGUGCCAAUAAGUGUAUGUGUCCUAAUUUAUUUAUCAUAUUGCGUGGUACCAAAUGUGUACUAACAUUUAAUAUGUGUUUCUACGGAAAAAGGGCAGGCCAACCACCGGGACAGCUAUCUAUAACUGUUGUUAUGUUAUGUUUUGAAUUUAAAAAAACUUUGUUGAUAUAUGAAGUGUUAUUUGCCACACUCUCGAGUGUCAUCGUGACCUGUGGUUGAUCUCCCACACGUAGGAACACGUGACCACGCCCACCUAUCGCUGCCCAUGUGUCCCUGCUAUUGUUUUGUGGAAUACACUAGAAACAGUGGCUAAUAAUUGACAUUUUCCUUUAAUAUGGGAAUGACGGUUUUAUAUCACGGUGAAAUAAAUUCAUCUCAUAAUAA